AUGACGGAGUCUACAGAACUUGCCAACCCACCUGGCGAGUCGGCCCAGCAGUCAACCGAGUCGCAGAAUGGCCCAACCGCGGAGACAACGAGCGCACCGGCCGCUACAGAAUCGUCCUUCCCAGCGCUACCGACAAUAGAUUCGACUUUGCCAGCUAUUGAUAAAACCAUGCCACCCAUGGAUUCGUCAUUGCCUGCGAUCGAUUCAUCUAUUCCAGCCUUCGAUUCAUCAGUACCAGCGCUGCCAUCGAUCGAUACUUCUUUGCCUCCGCUGGAUACGACACUACCUGCUGAGGUCAAUCUACAUACGGACCAUUCCUUCUUUUCGGAUAUGAGACAGGACGAUACCCAAGGUGCACAGUCGGGGGAUCCUACAUCUGCGCCUGGAGAAUCCAAUGAUGGCCUGCCUCAGCAUGCAGAUUCGUCUCAUGCUUCGACUCCUGCCAAUCAAACAAACCAGCCGGCUUCUAAUGGCACCUACCAUUACUCUCAGCAGUCGGCUGAGCAACCGCAGCCCCAGCCACAGCAGCAUCAACCUCCACCACCACAGCCGCAGGGCCAGGAGCAACAACCGCAACAACAACAAGCACAGCAAAAUCAACAACCGCAGGCGCAGUCUCAGCAACAAUAUCAACAAUAUCAGCCACAGCAACAGACACAGCCGCAGGCGCAGUAUCAACCACAGCAACAAGCUCCUCAGCAGUAUCAACAAGCUCCCCAGCAACAAUAUCAACCACAGCAGCAGCAGCAGCAGUAUCAGCAGCAAUAUCAACAGCAAGGCAGUCCACAAGCCGGAGGUCAACCCAUGAAUACCAAUCAUAUGGAUCACAAUGGUGUUCAAGGGCAGCAGGCGCAUAUCCCCCAGGCCCCCAUUGGGUCCCCCAUGCCGGCAAACUCGCCUCCAAUGCCUUCCGCGGGCCAGUAUAUGACAGGUUAUCCGACGAAUGUGUCGCAGAUGAACAACGCUCAGAUGCGCUACCAGCUCCCAGGAGACCCUAAUAAAAUGCUGUCGGGCAGCAGACACAAGAAAGAGGUCAAGCGCAGAACAAAGACGGGUUGUCUUACAUGUCGCAAGCGAAGAAUCAAGUGCGACGAAGGGCAUCCCGUUUGUCGAAACUGCGUCAAAAGUAAACGAGACUGUUUAGGUUACGACCCUGUCUUCAGACCACAAUCAUCGACGCCUUCUGCAAUUCAACCGGCUCCUAAUCCGUCUCCUUCGCUGGUUGUCACUCCACAGGAACCCCCAAGCGGUGCCUCCUACCCUGCGGCGCCCCCUGGCUACGUACCUGCAGUCUCUCAACCCUUCGCACCGUCCCUACCCUCCGAGUCGUCUGCGCCGUCAUCCACAGAGCAAAGUCAAUUCAAUUACAGCGCGGCCAUUGACCCGUCGCUGGAGCAGAAUAACAAUUCUGGGAACAUGGCCAGCGUGCAGCAUGCGACGACAAAUCUCACCGAUGGAUUCUACCAAGCUCCCAUCAAUGCGAGCGGUAUGUUAUGCUCCCUCGGUUCUCCAGCUUUUCUUGCGUCUACUGACAUUCGCAUAGUAAAACAAGUCCAGAUUAGCGACCUUCUUGCGCUUAGAGGCAUCCCUCCCCCGCCUCCUCAUCCCGUCACUGCUCUCCCGCCUGGUCGCCUCGAAGAAAUCCAAGCUGUUUUCCUCGCGACAUAUGCUCCUGCCAUUGAUCGAUUCUUCGAGACACCGUGGUUCCAAGAGAAGGCGCUACCCCAUGUUAUGGCGAACGCGCAACUCAUGGCUGAAUAUUCCGCAUUGAUCGACGCGUUCAACGAUCGAAAUCUCGAGGAUCCCAAUGUUGUCGCUCGACUGGAGAGUUUUGAGGCAUCGGUCAUUUGGAGCACCAUAACCUUGUGUCGCCACGUGAUGAACAUGGCGAAUGGGAAUCACGGCCAGGACUUUGAUCUGCUGGCGGCUUCGAAACGUCUCGAUGUCAUGGAGGCCUUGCUUACCGGCGACCACGUGGAAACAAACCCAUUGGAACAAUCUCCCGUUCGCCAACCCGCAGCGGACCCGCCAGCGCUUACCGUUCAGAUCACACAACGGUCGUUGGAUUUCUGGAGUUGUCUUGGCCACUUCUUGACUCUCCACGAUAACGAAGCCAGUUCUGCGAAGGAGAUCGAUGACACAUUGGCUCGUUGUCGGACCCUUCUGGACACGACUGAAAACCGCGACGUGAUCUACUCGAUUGCUAUUGCCCGCCAUCUUGGACAACGAUGGGCAGAUUUUCCGCACAGCCUUCCCCAGCCGAUCACGACCAACGAGAAAGAUGCGGGAGCGAAACUGUACGUGGCGCAAAAGUUUCUUGAACAGCAAGCCAACGGAAGUGGCACCACGCAAGUCUCGAAACGGAUAUGCGGGAUGGCCGUUCGGUCGUGGUUUGUAUCUCGGGAGUAG